ACCUAAUAUCCGGGAAUAAUAUGGCGAUCCGAAACAACUCUGAUGAUAGACAGAGAAUUUAACACUGCUGGAAAAUUGAUUAAUUUGCUAUUAAUUUGAGACGGACGCACGAAUCAAGCAUAAGAGAGAGAGACCCAACUUUAACGAAAGAGUAAAAUGAAUAAUGAUGCGAAAAAUCAUGAUUGCGAUGAUUUGAAUGUGCGCUCCUCAUCGGCGUAUUUGAAUAAAAAAUCAACCACAAAUACAGCUGCAGCUGCAGCAACAGCAACAGCAGUGACCAACACCAACACCAACAACAACAACAGCAGCAGGAGCACAUCAACAGUCGCCACAGCCACAGCUGCAUCUCCUGCCACCAGCAAAACAACCCCAACAACAACAAGCAACAACAAUAACCAAAAGCCUAAUAGACAGUUUAACCAUAACUUGCCACGCAUCUCCACGGCAAGAAACUCCAUAGCCGCUGCAAUACUAGCCAGCAACAGCAAGGCCGGCAGUGGCAGUGGCAGUGCCAGGAAGAUAGCAAAGCAUGAGAAUCUGUCGGGAGGAGUGAAAAACAUACCAGCAGCAGCAGCACCAGCUACAACCAGCAGCGCCACCACCUCCAAGGCACCCUCUUCCAGUUUUUUGGCAGAGCUGAGUCAACUGAAGAAGACGACAUCAGCCACAACCGGUGGUGCCUCAGUCAGUGCCACAACAGCAGGCAGACUUAAAGUUAACAAUAACAAUUCAGCCACUGCCAAUACUAACAACAACAGCAAAAUAAUGUCCGGUACAACAAGCAGCAGCAGCACGCCCACGCCCUCGCCCGCAUCAGCGACGGCCACCUCAACAACCACAACAACAACGAAUGCCGGCAGCUGUGCCACAAGCAGCAGCGGGAGUGGGAAUGGGAAUGCCGCCUUAUCUGUAACUGCCGCCGGUAGUGCAGCCAAGUUUCGUGCUGCCGUUGCCUCAGCGCCCGGACCAACGCCGGCUGCCGCAGCAACAGCCAAUGCCAAUGCCAACGCCAACGCAACCACGUCCAGCAGCAGCAGCAGCAGCUCGAAGAAGACGCGAGCCACAGUAGACGCCCUCAGGCGACACGUGGCUAUGCAGCAGCAGCAGCAGAACGCAGCCUCGCCCGCCAACAACAACAAUGCCGCCGGACUGCCUGGAAGCAAGGAUUCAGCGCAUUUAAAAUUCGCCGCAACCACUUUGCUGAUGGGAGCCGCCGCCGCUGCCGUCGAUAGCAACGCUGGCGCUGCUACCGCCGCCGGGGCAUUGAGCAUGGCCCUCAAUCCUUCCGUCGAUGUGGCCAAUGCGGCUGCGGUGCUGAAGCAAAAGCUAAAAGAUGCCGCCGCCGCUGCCUCAGCCUCUGCGUCCGCUUCAAACCGAUCUGCCUCGUCGUCCAUGUCCUCGAACGCCUCGUCGCUCUCCUCUUCGGUGGGAAUUGUGAAUGCCAUUUCAUCGGCGUUGCAGAACAUAAUAACACCCGAUACGGACACCGAUACCGAGUUCUAUCCCCAGCCCGUCACCACAGAUCUGUCGGAGUCCGAAGAGGAGUCUGUCUCAGAGAUCCUAUUGGCAUUCUUGUGUUUAAGGCCAGAUCUCCUGGAUGAUAUACCCGAGUCUGAUCCAGAUAGUUGCCCCCACGAAGGAGAGGUGCGCGAGGAUGAGGAUGAGACGGAGGAAGAGUCGGAGGAUUCGGAGGAGUCCGAUGGAGACGAUGAGGAGGAUGAGGAAGAGAUUGAUGUCCUGCAAGAUAACGAUGCAGAUGAUGAGGAAAUCGAUGACGAAGACGAGGAGGAGGAUGCGCCAGAAGUGAGUCCCUUCCUCCUGGAUGCGAACAACAAGCGCUCGAGUAAUCUCACCGCCCUGCUCGAGGCUGCGGCCAAUGAGAAAGCUCCCGUCCUGCGACACGCCACCCACGCCAUCGAUGAGACUAAGCAGGCGCUGACCAAGAUGCGAUGUGCCAACAGCCCGCGCGACAAGAACAGUGGUUUCUCCCGCUCCCUUGUCGCCGCCUGCACGGACAACGACGUGAACACGGUGAAGCGACUGCUUUGCAAGGGAAAUGUGAAUCUUAACGAUGCUGCCGCCUCCACCGACGACGGCGAGUCCCUGCUAUCAAUGGCCUGCUCUGCGGGCUACUAUGAAUUGGCACAGGUACUUUUGGCUAUGUCCGCCGCGCAAGUGGAGGACAAAGGCCAAAAGGACUCAACACCUCUAAUGGAAGCCGCCUCAGCCGGUCAUUUGGACAUUGUCAACCUGCUGCUCAGCCACAACGCCGAUGUGAACGCCCAUUGUGCCACCGGAAAUACACCACUGAUGUUUGCUUGCGCAGGCGGUCAGGUGGAGGUUGUCAGGGUACUCUUGAAGCAUGGCGCAAAUGUGGAGGAGCAGAACGAAAACGGACAUACGCCGCUCAUGGAAGCGGCAUCAGCAGGCCACGUGGAAGUAGCAAAGGUGCUACUGGACCAUGGAGCCGGUAUUAACACCCACUCAAACGAGUUCAAGGAGAGUGCCCUCACCCUGGCCUGCUACAAGGGCCACCUGGAUAUGGUGCGUUUCCUGCUGCAAGCCGGUGCCGAUCAGGAGCAUAAAACCGAUGAAAUGCAUACAGCCCUGAUGGAGGCAUCGAUGGACGGCCAUGUUGAGGUGGCGCGACUGCUUCUCGACUCUGGGGCCCAGGUGAAUAUGCCAACCGAUUCGUUUGAGUCGCCCCUAACACUGGCCGCCUGUGGCGGUCAUGUGGAGUUGGCCACGCUGUUGAUAGAGCGUGGGGCCAACAUUGAGGAGGUUAACGAUGAGGGCUAUACGCCGCUUAUGGAGGCGGCCCGGGAGGGGCAUGAGGAAAUGGUUGCUCUGCUGCUUAGCAAGGGCGCGAAUAUCAAUGCCACCACCGAGGAGACACAGGAAACGGCUCUAACUCUGGCCUGUUGCGGAGGGUUCAGCGAGGUCGCGGCAUUCCUCAUCAAAGAAGGCGCCAACCUGGAGCUGGGCGCAUCAACGCCCCUGAUGGAGGCUUCACAGGAGGGGCACACGGAUCUGGUGCGAUUCCUGCUGAAGAACAAGGCCAAUGUGCAUGCCGAGACGCAGACGGGCGACACGGCGCUCACUCAUGCCUGCGAGAAUGGACACACCGAUGCGGCCGGCGUGCUCCUGUCGUACGGUGGCGAGUUGGAGCACGAGUCCGAGGGCGGACGGACGCCCCUGAUGAAGGCCUGCCGGGCGGGUCAUCUCUGCACCGUCAAGUUCCUCAUACAGAAGGGCGCUAAUGUCAACAAACAGACGACCAGCAAUGAUCACACACCGCUCUCGCUGGCCUGUGCCGGCGGCCAUCAGUCGGUGGUGGAGCUGCUGCUCAAGAACAAUGCCGAUCCCUUCCAUAAGCUGAAGGACAACAGCACCAUGCUGAUCGAGGCCUCCAAGGGUGGGCACACGCGUGUCGUGGAGCUGCUCUUCCGGUAUCCCAACAUCGCGCCCACUGAGCUAGCGGCGGCCUCAAGCGCUGGCCAGGCCCAGGCCGCGGCCGCUGCUGCAGCCGCUGCCGCCGCAGCUGCCGCCGCUGCGGGCACGAAUCAGAUGCGAUUGCAGCAGCAGAAGAUCCUCCAGCAGCAGCUGCAACACCAGCUACAACAGCUCAAUGCCCCGCCCGGCCUCCACGAGCUGUCGGAGGCGGCUCGAGCCUCCAAUCAGCAGCUAUUCCACCAGCAGCAGUUCAAUGCUACCGGCAAUGGUUCGAACAUUGUUGCCCUUGGCACCGGCGACUUUUUGGACGCUGGCGAACUGCAAUUGACGGCAGCAGCCGCUGCCAGUGCCACUGGAAGCGAAGCAGGAGCCGAGGAAUACGGUGGGGUCUCUGGUGGCGUCGGUGGUAUUGAUCUAACUACUCUGGGAGCCCAGCAACAGGAGGGACUCAUUGCGAAAUCGCGACUAUUUCAUCUACAGCCAGGCUUUGAGCAGCAGCAACAACAGCAGCAGCAGCAACAGCAGCCAGCGGCAGGGCAGAAUCAGCAGCUUGUGCCGUGCAAGCAUUUCGAUCUGGAUAUGGAGCACAUAAAUUCGCUGCAGCCUCCACAGAAGGCACCGCCAGCGCCGCCUGUGCUGUUCCACACGAUUUGCCAACAACCUGUGCUGCAUAUGCAGCAGCAACACGGGGAACAGCAGCAACAACAGCAGCAACAGCAGCAGCACCAGCUACAACUGCAUGCCCAGUCGAAGUUGAAGGGGGCGCUGCCCGGCAGGAAUCGUCCGCUCAAGAACGAAGUGCUGGGCAUCAUCGAGUGUCCGUUGGAUCAUCUGAACGAGCAGGUGCGCUCCCAGCCACUGGGAGAAGACGGCAAAUCACAGCAGCCGCAGUUCUCAUGCACGGGCGAGGAUCCACGUUUGCAGCGACGACGGGGCUUCAUGCCGGACCUCAAAAAGGGGGAGCUCCCUCCAGGAGAAGGCGGUAGUGACACCAACGAACAGUUGCCUGUGAAAGGUGGAGCCGAAAACAAUCAGCAGCAGCCCGCACAGACGACAACGCAGACGCCGGCAAUGGACAACAGUAGCGUGACAUCCUGUUCGCAUCCCAUAUAUCCACCGCGACCUGGUGGACCCAUUACACAGAUUUCGGAUGUUCUCCAGAGCACAGCCAUUAGCGAUAGGCCAAAGGUCAAGGCCACCAACAAGAACAACCGAAAGCAGGCAGCCGCCGCAGCGGCAGCAGCAGCCGCAGCAGCAGCCGCCGCAGCAGUGGCAGCCCAGCAUGCGCUCCCCAAUCUCCAGCAGAAUCAAAUGGUGUCCAUCUACAACAAUUUGCAACAUCUGCAGUUGCAUCACCAGCGUAGGGUCUUGGACAAUGCAGCCGCUGCAGCAGCAGCCGUCGCAACUAAUCCGAAUCUCUACACCAAUUCCCCGGCCUCACCGCUGGCCUCGCCCACAGGAGGUGGCAACGGCAACGGCAGCGGCAACUAUUCCGAACAGGAGCAACCAACUCAGCAGCAGCAGCAGCAGCAUCCAGGAGGAGCAACCAUGGAUGUGGCCAUGCAGCGAAAGACAGCCAUGGAGGACUUUCGUGGUCUGCUGGAGACAGCUGUGAAUGGAUCGCGGGGCAGGAAUGAAUUGGCCAUGACUGCGCCACCGUUGAACUUCUUCAAGGACGGCUGGCACAUGGUGGGAGUGCACAAUUUCUUUGGCGAUCAGCCAAAGUCACCCACCGAAACGCCGCCUGAGAUGGAGGAGACGACCAUGUCGCCGCCGCAAUCAUCAUCCGAGCAGCAGCAGCACCACCACCACCACCAUCAUCAUCAGCACCAGGACGAGGACCCGCAGCGUCCCGAAAUGAAGAAUCUAGCCACACUUUGUUCAGCAGCAGCAGCGGCCGCUGCUGUGGCAGCAGGACACAAGGAUGAAGAUGACAUCAGUACAGAUCAAUACAGUGAUGAGGACGAUGCUAUGGGCGAUGAGAAUACGAUGCCGCCAGAGCCGAUGGAUUUGGCUGAAGCGUUGCGCGAGGAUGGCAUCAUUUUGGUGGAGGGCGAUGAGGAGGAGGAUGACGAGGAUGAGCCCGAGGACAGCAACAGCGGGGAGAUUGAGCUCUCCUACGACGACGACGACGAAGAAGAUGAUGAUGAUGUUGAUGAUGAUGUGGAUAUGGAUCCAGAUGGGGAUGCAGAUGGCGAUGUUGAUUAUAUUGAUGAUGAUGAGGGCCCUGCCGAUGAGGAGGACGAGGACAAAGACGAUGAUGAGUUCUUUCUGGAUGUGCCCGUCAAUGAAAACACUGGAAAUAUCAAUAAUAAUAAUAUUAACAACAACAACAACAAUUCGAAGAGCAGCCGCGGUGGCGCUGCUGCCUCCUCCGGUUCAUUGCCACUAAAGCAACGGAAAAUGGCCACACGACUGGAGAAUCUGAUUAUAACCAAACCAGAGAUCUUCCACCAGACGCUGUGCGAUUUCCGUCAAGAUAUGACCAACUCGGAGCUGGUCCAUAUCCUGCCACAGAUUAGCAAUCUCAAGGCGGCCGCCGCCAACAAUGCGGCAUUUAACAGUCUGCUGCACCAGCAAUUGGCAGCAGCCACAGCAGCCGCACAGGCCAGGGCGGCAGCCGCAGCAGCCCACCAGCAUCAGCAGCACCAGCAGCAUCAGCACCACCAGCACCAGAAGCAACAGCACCAUCACCAGCUGCACCAUCAGCAUCAGCAUGGAGCAGAUGGCGACCAGCAGCAGCAUUGCGAUGAUGAAGGAUGCGCUGGGGUGGCCAGUGAUCUAUACUCGGGUCUGGAGCAGUUUGCCAACGAUGGGGAAAUGGAUGACUUAUUCCAGUCUAUUUUGCAAUCGGAACAGGAGCUGGCCAGCAGCUUGAACUACCCCGAGUUGGCCGAAUUCAGCCUGAAUCAGAUGUGCAAGGGUAGAUUCGCGGGCCAAUGGCCGUCGUCGUCGUCGGGCAAGUGGACAACGGGCCAGGAUGGUCAGCUUGUGGGUGUGGUACGCUCUGGGGAUGGAAUGCCCCAGGAUGCGGCUGCUGCACAGUGUCAGGCGAAUCUUGUUGUAUUGGAUUAUCCAAUGCAACAGAAUAUACUGGAGGCCGAGGAGCAUAUGCACAUGCAGCAACACCAGCAGACUCCUUUGUCCCUGCUACCCUUUGCCACGGACGAUCAGCAACAGCAGCAGCUACAUCCGGCCGCCGCCGCGGAGUUCCACCAGCAGCAACAGCUCGCCUUGGAGGCUGAUCCCGAACUGAAGCAACAGCUGCAGCAGUACUCGAAUGCGCGCAUCAUCAAGGCGGUGGCUGCCCAGCAGCAGCACCAGCAGCAACCGGCCCCCAACUUUGUCUACAACGUGGAGAGCGGCGACAAGAAUGCACCGCCCGUGCAGCUGCUCUUCCAGUUGCCACCAAACAUGUCUCAGGAGGCUGGCGAUCAUCAGUUGCAUGUCGAGCAGCAGGCGCAUCUCUUCCAGCAGCAGCAACAGCAGCAGCAUCGGGCAGCCGGACAGCGUCCCCCCACCCGGACUGAACUGGAGCAGGUUGCCCAGGAACUGCUGCUGCAGAGGCAGACAACAACUCCGGCUGGCCAGCAGGCACUGCCACCCAAGCAGAAGCACUUUAAUUUGCAAGAGCAGGUGCAUCUGCACCAGCCCCCGAACAUGCAGGCGCCCACCUGUGUCCAGCAUCAGGUUGGAACGCAGACGCAUCCUGCCUCGGUUAUGGUACCCCAAUCCGCCGUUGGCCAGUAUGCCCAGUUUGCCCUGCAACCGCCCCAGCAGCAACAACAGCUGCAGCAGCAGCAACAGCAACAGCAACAACAACUGCAGCCCGGACAACCGCAGAAUGAGCUCUCCAUUUGGCCCAUGGCCACGCCCACACCGACACCCAGCACUGGAGGCAAGUCGAUGCCAGGAGGCAUUGCAAAGAAGGCCAUUGACAAGCAAUCGCGCAAGGAUCGACGCUGCUCAACCUUCCGUCAAACGCCAGCAGGCAGUCAAGUGAAUACCAAUCAGCAUCAACAACCGACAGCAGCGGCCGCGGCCGCCCAACAGCAGGCGCAGCUGCAGAAUCAACUGGCUGUGGCUGCUGCAGCCACAGCGAGCGUUGAUAAAACGAUUGAGAUUGAUUCGGAGACCGAGUCGAACCAUGACACAGCCCUCACACUCGCCUGUGCCGGCGGUCACGAGGAGUUGGCCGAGCUGUUGAUCAAUCGCGGUGCGAAUAUCGAGCAUCGGGACAAGAAGGGAUUCACACCGCUCAUCUUGGCCGCCACCGCUGGCCACGAGAAGGUCGUGGACAUACUGCUGAAGCAUAGCGCCGAGCUGGAGGCCCAGUCGGAGCGCACCAAGGACACGCCGCUGUCGCUCGCCUGCUCGGGCGGACGGUACGAGGUCGUCGAACUGCUGCUCAGUGUCGGGGCCAACAAGGAGCAUCGCAAUGUCUCCGAUUACACGCCGCUCAGUCUAGCAGCUAGCGGGGGAUAUGUGAAUAUCAUCAAGAUGCUGCUCAACAAUGCGGCAGAGAUCAACUCGCGCACCGGCAGCAAGCUGGGCAUCUCCCCGCUCAUGCUGGCCGCCAUGAAUGGCCACACGGCGGCGGUUAAGCUGCUGCUCGACCAGGGCUCCGAUAUAAAUGCUCAAAUCGAGACAAAUCGCAAUACGGCCCUAACGCUGGCCUGCUUCCAGGGCCGGCACGAGGUCGUCAGCCUGCUGCUCGAUCGCCGGGCCAAUGUGGAGCAUCGGGCAAAGACCGGAUUGACGCCUCUGAUGGAAGCCGCCUCCGGUGGAUACAUUGAGGUGGGACGCGUGCUGCUCGACAAGGGAGCGGACGUGAAUGCAGCGCCGGUGCCCACGUCCAGGGACACGGCCCUCACCAUCGCCGCCGACAAGGGCCAUCAGAAGUUUGUGGAGCUCCUGCUGUCGCGUGGGGCCAGUGUGGAGGUGAAGAACAAGAAGGGUAACUCCCCCCUAUGGCUGGCUGCCCACGGGGGUCACCUGAGUGUCGUGGAGCUCUUGUACGAUCACAAUGCGGACAUUGAUUCGCAGGAUAACCGAAGGGUGUCCUGCCUGAUGGCCGCCUUCCGCAAGGGCCACACCAAGAUCGUCAAAUGGAUGGUGCAGUAUGUGUCGCAGUUCCCCUCGGACCAGGAGAUGAUACGCUUCAUUGGCACCAUCAGUGACAAGGAGCUGAUCGACAAGUGCUACGACUGCAUGAAGAUCCUGCGCAGUGCCAAGGAGGCCCAGGCCGUCAAGGCCAACAAGAAUGCCUCGAUUCUGCUCGAAGAACUCGAUCUGGAGCGCACCCGCGAGGAGAGCCGCAAGGCAGCCGCCGCCCGGCGGCGCGAGCGCAAGAAGAAAAAGAAGAUGGAGAAGAAGGAGGAGAAGCGCCGACAGCAGCAGGGCGGUCGCGGUGGUGGCGGUGACCAGCAGGGCGAUGACGAUGAUGCCAGUGACAAGGAUGAUGAUUCCGACAAGGAUGACGACGAUGAAGAGGUCGGAGCCGAACGGACAGGAGCCGGCGGUGGCUCAGGGGCACGUGAGGAGGGUGACUCUGGCAUUGAUCAGGGAUCAUGUUCGAGCGGCGACACCAAGACCACGGCCACCAGAACAACCACGGCCGGUCAAACAGCAGCAGCAUCUAAGGCCGAAGCCAGCAACAGCCAACUGGUGAAGAAAAGCAAGAAGCAGCCAAAGAGCAAGAGCACUACAGUGUCGGCGUCGGCGUCGGCUGUUGAAUCAUCAACGCCUGCCACAGCCACAGCUCCAGCUGCUGCAGCUACUUCUCUGACCGCCGCGCCUCCUGCCUCUGCCACACCUGCAUCGGCAGCAGCAGCAGCACCCGCAACCGUAUUCAAGAGCAGCCUCUUGAAGAAACAUCCGAUCAUCGAGAGUGUUAGGCUGCCGCCUACUCCGGUACAGGUUCAAACUCAGACUCCGGCCCAGGCUACGCCAGUCCAAGCAGCUCCAGUGAAGCGUCAGGUGGAGGUUUCCAAGAAAGAGGAGCUUCCCCUGAAGAAGAAGGAGACCAGCAGCAACAGCAGUUCCUCCGCUAACAACAAGCGCGAGAAGGAGAACCUCGCGCCCAAGGAGUCAACGGCCCAACAGACGGCAACAAAGCAACAGCAAUCCACAAGCAGCGCCGCUGCCCCCAAACUGCAGAGCAGCGAAUCAUCCACCAAUAUAGCGAGCAGCAACCGCAAAGAGAGUGCCACAAAGCCAUUGACAUAUAGUGUCGGUGCCAGCCUGAACCCCAGCGUAAAGCGCAGCGAAGUCGACGGCUGGAAGGAAGUGGUCCGCAAGAGCAGCACACAGCAGGUGGCAGGAGGUGGUGGUGGUGCCCCAGUGACGGUGACGGCCGCCAGUUCGGCCACCAGCCUGCAUGGUGGUGCCCAUCAUCUGCAUCUGGCCAACAGCUCGACAAGUGUAGGCUCCCUGACAACCAUAACGACAUCGAUAGCCCCCGAGAUGACCUGCAAGAAGGUGCAGGUGCCGGUCAAUGCCAUUUCCCGUGUGAUUGGCCGCGGCGGAAGCAACAUCAAUGCCAUACGCGCCACCACCGGGGCCCAUAUCGAGGUGGAGAAGCAGGGGAAGAACCAGUCGGAGCGAUGCAUUACGAUCAAGGGAUUGACGGAUGCCACAAAGCAGGCGCACAUGCUCAUCCUGGCCCUGAUCAAGGAUCCCGAUGUGGACAUCCUGCAAAUGUUGCCGCGCAUCAACAGCAGCAUCAAGGCGGCCGCCUCCGCAGGCGCGGCAGCAGCAGCCCCCAUGACAGUCGGCACUUGGGAUAAUCGUACGGCUGCCGGUGUUUCGGCAGCCCCCUCGGCCAGUACCUUCUCCUCGGCGGCAUCCACCACAUCCACGUCGUCCAGCUCAUCGGCCAGCUCCACCACAGCGACGGGCGCCGCCUACAGCAAUGCACACAAGCCACAGCAGCCGUCAUCGAAGGCACAAAGUGGACGGGUCUCGUCAUCCGCCAAAGCGAAUGGCGGCGGCAGCAAGGCUUCCACCUCGCUCUCGACCUCUGGCUCUCGCGGACAGAACGGCCGGGGCGGAUAUGCGGGACAGCAGGCGACCUCCAGUCGGGGAGGAGGAGGAGGUACCUCCUCCAAUGGUGUUCUCUUAAAGAGCAGCAAGGAGAGCUCCUCGGCCAAAUCGCUGCCAGGCACACAGAAAAACAGCAGCAGCUCCUCUGGAGCUACCUCUGCUGCUGCGGGCAAGCCGUCGUCCACGCUGACGGCCCAAAACUUUGCCAAGGCAGCGGCCAUUGCCGCUCAUUCAUCACCCAAGAAGGUGGACACUGGAGCGUCGGCUGCAGCGGGUUCGGUCAUUGCAUCCACUGGCGGACGUAGCAGUGGUGUGGUGGCACCCUUUGGUCGUGGAAAACCCGUAACCGGCGCCACAGGAGCAAACGUUUCGCAGCUGGGAAGCGCCGCAACCAGCAACAUAUUGGCUGGACCAAUUGGCACCUUCAACGUGGCAGAUGUGGCGGCGGUGAAUGCCGCCGCGGCAGUGGCGGCCGCUGGAACGGUUGGAACCACAGCCAACAGCAGCAGCACCAGCACCAGCAGCAAUGUGAAACCCAUUGCCCCGCCAAACAAGAGAAUCGGCUCCCCCACACAGCAGCAGCAACAACAGCAGCAGCAGCAAUCCCAGGCAACAGCACCUCAGCCUUCUGCAGGUCCUGGACUGCUACAGCAACACCCACAGCAGCAGGGGCAGCAGCAGCAGUCACCACAACAGCAACAGGCACAGGCGGCAGCAUCCCAACAGAAUCUGGUGAUCAACACCAACAUGCUGAUGGCCGAUCUGAUGGCCGCCAACACAGCAAGCGAUAGCUUCAGUGCACAGCUGGCUGCCAAGCUCUCGAGUGCCUAUUCUUUGUUCAGCGACUACCAGACCUCCCAAUGGGGGAAACUAGAUCAAGGAACAGCCGGUGGCGCUGUGGGGGAUGGCCUGCCGCAGGCUGAUGCCUCCAAGGCGCCUGGCUACAACAGGAAUAUACUGAGCUCUCCCGUCGGCAGCUCCAAGGCCUCGUCGAAUCAUUCGACCUCGCCACCGGUGGGCAAUGUGGUCCAGCAACAGCAACAGCCACAGGCACAGCCCGGACAAGGACAGAACAACAAUCAGCAGCAGCAACAACAGCAACAGCAGCAGAGUGUGCAGCAGGCAUUAAACAUAAUCACCAGUGGAGCGCCAUCAACAGCGCCAGCCAGGUCGCCGUUGGUGACAGCCGGCGAGGGAAAUCCCACGAGCGUUGGACCCUCGAUUAAUGGCGAGGCGGCAGCUGGUGCCGCGCACUCACCGGGAGUAAUCAAGCCGCCGCCGGGCACGGUUCCCAUCCAGAGACACGUCCCCAUGCAGAUCUCUGCACCGGAAGCGCCGCCCGCUACGAGUGGAAUCAAUUUCGGGGCCAUUGGCUCGAAUGCUGGUGGAAGCAGUGCAGCAGCAGCCGCUGCAGCUGCGGCCGCUGCAGCCAUGAUCGAUCGCCAGCAGCAGAAUCUGCAGAGACUUAUCUACGACAAGGUGGGUGCGUCGCAGCAGCAGCAGCAGCAACAACAACAGCAACAGCAGCAGCCGCUCAACUAUCCCAUGGAUCCCUCGGCGUCGCACUACAUUGUGGACAGCAACAACAUGCUGCGGCUUAAUCCACGCGCCUCCGUCUUCACACAGGGCAAUAAGCAGCAGCAGCAGCAGUCACCCAGCGUCGGCGGUGGAGGCAUGAAUCAGCCACCAAUCAAUCAAGGUGCUGGCCAGCAGUCGAACAUGUUCGGCAACCAGAUCCGGCAGCCACCGGGAGCGGCACGCCAGCCCGGCGGACCGUCGGCCACCGCUGCGCCACAGCGCUGGUAUGGCGGGGCUCUGGACUAUCCCUCGUAUUCCGGACGCGAUAUGCUGCAUCUGGAGAACGGAGGAGUCAUGGCUGGACUGGGCUCGCCCUCUGCCAUGUCACCCAACCACGAUGACAUACGCAAGAUGCCGCGACCAAUCGGCACCGAGCGGGCUGCCUCCUGGAAGUUCAACAACUUCAAUGUAGCCGCCUCUGCACUGAGCAUGGACGAUGUACUGCCGCCGUGGGCGCACGAGCCCAAGGCUCAGCCGCCGGGUCUACAGCAGCCGCCUCCACCCCAAUCGCAGCAGCAGCCGCCCAAUUGGUUGAAGCAACAGCAGCAGCAGCAACAACAACAGCAGCAGCAACAACAACAGCAGCAGCAGCAAUACAGGCCCUACAACAAUGGACCAUAUCCGCAGCAGCAGCAGCACGAGCCGAUGAAUAUGCCCAUGGAUUACCACAACAUGCAGGCACCACCGAAUAUGGGUCAACAGCAGCAGCAGCACCAUAUCAACUUGAUGCAAUCCUAUGGCUUCCAGCAUUUUGCUGGGGCCCCUGGAGCUGCUGAUAUUGCGGCUCACAUGCCCGACAAGAUGGAAGUGUGGGAUCACCACGAUAAACAUAUGCCCUGGACUAACUACACCACCAAUUGGUCGAACUGAUGUCUGGGGGAUCUUCAGCAGGAGGAUCUCUUCGAUAUCUGUCGUUCAACCAAAUGAAUCGAACAGCUAUGAGUGAGAACCAAUCCUAAAAUUGAAAGGAUGAAACAACAGUAACAACAGCAGCAACAGUGUAGCAGCAGGAGCAGCAGCAUCUACCUGAUAUUUCAAACAAAUGCAAAGCAAGAUAAUAUUAAAUUGAAUUUCCAACGUUUCCCACACGCGGAUCCACUGCUUCAAAUCUUCAUUCAGUCAACGGAUCAAUCAUACAACGUCCUAAUUCAAUCAAAGAACUCAAACGAAGACUCGAGAUCUGAAACUUGGCUUUGUUAAUUAUUAUUUGUUUUUGAUUUCAAAUUAUUCUUUUUACUUCUUCCUUCCGGCCACUAUUAAAAUUCGCAGGUUAUCUACAAUUUGGUAAUACGAUCAUCAGGCAGAAAAAAGGAGAUAGAAGAUAGAAAAUAGAAAAACAAAACGUUGUGCAUAAAUGAAAAAGAAGGAAAAUACUAUUCAAAAAAAGGCACCCAAAAUGGGCGCAAUAUACUUUAUUUAUUUUUUUAAUUUACGAGCUAUUUUGAUCAUUUUUGAAACAAAGCAUGAAGUUAGCCUACAGCUUAGCGGAACCCCAGCCCAUGGCUAUAUCAUUUUGUAUGAUGAAAAUACACACACAAAAACGCAAAAAACCAGAAAGAAAGAUAUUUGGAAAGCUUCAAACACACAUACCCACAUCCAAAACAUACAAAAACCACAAUUUAAUUUUAAGCUUAUCUUAGAAAAGUCGGUCUUAUGAAUGAAAGAUUUAAGUGAAUUUUUUUAGCGCCAGCUAAAGCACACACACACACACAACAUAUAUUACACUUAUACAUAAAUACAUCUAUCUAUGCAUAUUUAAUAACAUUAAUAAAAGCAACAAAUGAAUGCCGAAAUUUGUACAUUUUAGGCGCGCACUUUUCUAUCUCCCCAAACAUUCUCUCCACCCAUAAAACACACUCAAAGAACCUCCUUCAUUUAAAAGAAGCAAACGAAACGAAGCGAAAACGGAAACUGAAUAACGGAACACGAAAACAACACUGAAACGGAAACGAAAGAUGGAAAUUACUUAACUUUCUACUUACCACAUAUACAUACCAUUAACUACACACUAACUAACAGUUACAGAUAUACAGAUACUAUAUUUGAAUGAUACUUGAAAUGAUGCAUAAAUGCUGCAUGGAGUGGAGUGUUCUCUCCUCGUAGUAUUCCAGAUAAAAACCAGAAAAACGAUUUGUGGUUAGGUUUUAUCAGUUAUGUGUUUAUCAAUGAUUUCUUGGUCGGUUUUGAGCUCGAGACACCGCCACCACCACCACCACUACCACUACCAUCCCAAAAGAACACACACCUAAAAAUGUAGCUAGUAGAAAUUGAAAUUGCUUAAAUAACUUAAGUAAGAGAACACAAAUGAAAAGAAAAGAAAACAUUUAAUAUUCCAUUUACGAAAAGAAAACUAAAAUCGAGAUAAAACGAUGUAACGGCGCUUGCUUGCCAUCUUUGAUGCUUUUCCAACACUGCUCAUAGACGUACAUACUAUAUAUACAUACAUAUAUAUAUACACUAGCGAAUAGCAUACGAAAUACACAAAACAAAACAUAAACAUUUUUAUUUCAAAGAAAGCAAAACAGAAACUGAAAAAAAUGAUGUAAAAACACUUGAUGAAGAACAAUUUACUUUCCUCGCUCCCCUGGAUGAUCCGGGAUGGCAUCAUCCACUGGGAAAUGUGUGGGCGGGCAGGCAAUUUCCUUGUACAAUUCUUCUAGGGAAAGGAGUCGGAAUGCAAAUGCUUUGAAGAGGAUCGUUACAUGAACAAUCCCUCCACGCAUGGAUAUAUACACACAAACACACACACACAAAUACACACUGAUCCGAUAUAUAACUUUAAAAACGAUGAUAAAAAUUGAAUGAAGAAUAAAAAAGGAUAAUAUAAGUGAGCAUGAAACUACACUUUUUGUCGUAUUUUUUGUUUG